AUGAUGGAAAAGCAUCGAUAUUACGAUGUGCCCGGGGACACAUAUCCCCUACACCUCCUAGACGACACCAAGUUCAAUCGGGACUGUGUAAGCUGGUGCAUGCGCUUUAAUGAUGUGUUGGACGCCGAGAUAUUACGAGAUUCCUUGUCGGAACUAUUGGACAUGGGCAAUUGGAGGAAGUUGGGUGGUCGACUCCGAACAAAGGCUAAUAGAAAACAGCCCAACGGCAAACUGGAAAUCCAUGUCCCAUAUGAAUUCACCCACGACAAUCCAGCCGUGGCAUUCACCCACGACACCUUCGACAUGAGAAUCGAAGAACACCCCGUGGUGGCACGCAUGCCACAGCCAACAAGAGGCCCCUCGACACAGCCAAUCAGCACCAAUGACUUCCGCUCAUUCGCAGCAAGCCCGUACCACCCACUGACGCUGGAAGAAAUGAUCCACCAGAACGCGCCGCCGAUCUUUCUCCACGUCACGUCCUUCAAAGACGCGACGCUCGUCGCUCUCAGCUGGCCGCACGUCCUCAUCGACGAGAUGGCCCAUGCCGAGCUGCUGCGCGCGUGGUCGUUGAUCCUGGCCGGCAGGGAAGAAGAUGUCCCGGACGUGCUGGGCGUGCAGAGGGAUGUGCUGGAUGGGGUUGGCGCGUCUGAUGAGGCGGGCCGCGGCCUUGACCAGAAACGGCUGAAGGGCAUGGCCAAGACGAAGGUUUUGUCGCGGAAUCUCUGGGAGAGGGUGUUUAAUCCUUCUUGGGAGAUGCGCGCUAUCUUCUUGCCGAAGGAGGCGUUUGCCAGACUGCGGUUGCGCAUCACGCGCGAGAUCGAGAGUUCAUAUCCUGGUGGUGGGGCUGUGCCCUCUGUCAGUGAUGGGGAUGUUCUCACUGCUUGGAUUACGAGGGCGAUGACUGCUUCGUUGCCGAAGCCUCGGCCGAUUACGAUUUUGACCUUUUCAAAUGCGAGGUUUCGACUUCCGAGCUUGUUUGAUGACGAAGGGGUUUAUUUGCAGAACUUGAUGCUGGGCGUUUAUACGUUUCUUUCGGUGGAUAUGGCGAGGGGCCCGCUUGGGCCGAUUGCGCUCAGUCAUCGGAAACAUCUGGACGAUCAGAAUUCGGAGGCGCAGACAAAGAGUUUGUUGAAUUCUUGGAGGCAUGAUAUUGAGUCGACCGGCAGUCCAAGUUUGUUCUAUGGCGAGCCUCAAGGGUCGGUCAUGCUGGUGAACAACCUCAACAAGGCGGAGCUGAUCAAAGCUGCCAAGUUUGGGCCUGCUGUCAUCAAGCAGGGUGACGAGGUGACGGCCAGGAAGAAUCCUCCUGGGAGGAUGGUCACAUACUAUAUUCACAGUCUUGGCUCGACGUGGAAUGCGUUGAAUUGUCUGUGGAUGCUUGGGAAGGAUCAUGGCGGGAAUUAUUGUCUUCAAGCCAAUCUGCUGCCUAAGGCCUGGGCGGCGAUUGAGGAGGAUAUACGGGAUAUGUCUAUAAUUAUUUGA